AUGAAGCUAGAUGAUGAUGCUAUGAUUGAUCUCCUUAACGAGGACGACUACAGCACUAUUGAGAGAAGUGGUAAAAGUUUGAUAGGGAGACUAUUAAACCCAGAAUGUCAAAAUAUGGCCUGUAUGCUUCGUUCAAUGCCCAGGAUAUGGAAGAUUUACGACAGAGUCAAGGGAAUAGCUUUGACGAGGGAGAGCUUCCAGUUCAUCUUUGACCUGGAAUCUGAUAUUCAAACUGUGAUGAAGCAUGGUAUAUUGGAUUUCGAUGACUGGGGAGUAGUAAUGGAUCGAUGGAUUGAAAAACCACCAGCCAACUUCCUCAAAACAGCCCGGUGUAAAUUCGGAUUUACAAGAUUCCGGUCAAUCACUGUACUCUCAAAACUAUUAAAGCGAUUGCAGACCAAAUUAGGCAAGUUAAUGUAA